GUUGGGUGGUUUAUAUGCUUUUGACAAUUUUCCCGACAACACUUGAAGGCAUCGUUUUUGCGUUUGUCGUCAUCAGGGAAGCUUCAUCCUAGUCUGACGAGAUUCAGUGUUCACACAGAUGCUGUACACGAAUAUAUCUGUUGAAGUGGGGUGUCAGCUCUUUUCUCAGAGAUGGACUCUCAGAAUCCAAACCUGACCUGCAUCAUAUGCCUGGAGCGUUUCCAAAUCCCUGUAACCAUUCCCUGUGGUCACACCUUCUGUCAAACGUGCAUCAGCAGGUACUGGGACACCAAAAGCAAAUGUGACAUCGGACCUCAGUGCCCCAUCUGCAGUGAGAAGUUUAACCCCAGGCCCGUCCUCAAGCGUAAUGUGUCUCUGUCGGUCCUGACUGAGGCUGCAAACAGCACCGGCCGCUCCUGUAGAGAGCUGGCCUUGAGGGGAGGAGAAGGAGCGAGGGCCAUGCUGCUGUGUGAUCGCCAUAAAAAGCCUUUGGUUUAUUACUGCAGGCAGGACAGGACGUCGGUGUGCUGUGAGUGUGGCAUCUCUGAAUGUGUGAACCACGAGAAGGUCUUGUUAGAAGUGGAAAGGGAAAAUCAAGAGCUGGUGCUUGAAAGGAAGAGUAAGGAAGUGGGGAAACUCAUGGAAGAGACCGAAAAAAGUAUUAAGGACCUGGCUGAGAAUAUCAAUGAAGCCAAGGUAACCCUUCAGCAGACUUCGACCUGGGUCAGCGUGAAGUUCUCCACCCUGAUGAAAAUACUGGCUGAGAAGCAGAAUGUUACAGAGCUCUUUAUUAAGGAGCAGCAAGAAGCUGCCAUCAGCGAGGCGGAGGCACGGCUAGCUGAACUGGAGGAGCGCUCCAAGACACUCCGAGAGAGCCAGGAACAAAUAGCAGCUGUGCAUAACCUCUCUGACACGGAGCUCAUCAAGGAAUCAGUGGUCAUAGAAGUUCCACAUUUCAAGGAUAUUCCCACAGAUGUCACGCCAAACCUUCAAGAUCGAUUAAACGGCGUCACAGAUAUCCUGUCCAGAGUCUCCAAGCUGGUGUCUGAGGACCUGGAGAAAGCUGUGAGCAGCGCUGUGGGUCAGGACAAAGACGGUUCUCCUCAAGAUAAGAGGCCGAUCUUAGCCGUGGUUCCCAGUCCAGCUGCUCCGUGCUACUCUGAUGUGAAAGAGGGCCUCAGUGCUUACCGAUGCUCUCUGACCUUUGACCCUCGCACGGCCAACGGGCACCUGUUUCUGUCCCAGGAGAACCGGAGGGCGGAACACCUGUCCUCUGGACCACGUCUGGUCCCACCACACGAAGCCCGCUUUGAUCACACGUGGCAGGUCCUCUGCUUUCAGGGCUUCACUCGUGGACAGCACUAUUGGGAGCUGGAGGUGUCCAAGCCCUGGGCCUACCUCGGGGUAACCUACGAGACCAUCCCCAGGAAGGAGAAGGGGAAGAGGUGCAUGGUGGGAAUGAAUGAACUCUCCUGGAGCCUGCAGCUGGACGAGCACCAGCUCAGCGCCUGGCACAAUGGCCGGCGGGAGACCGUGGUCGGCCACUCACAGCACAGCCGCAUCGGCAUGCUGCUGGACUACGAGGCGGGGACGCUGACCUACUAUGGGGACGGGCAGACCAGGCUCCACGCCUUCCACUGUGCCUUCACGCAGGAGCUGUUUCCCGCCUGCUGGAUAGGAGAGGGGGUCAGCAUCACCCUCUGCUCCACAUGAGUUGGCUCACAAAGAGAAGCGAAGAAGGGAGCUCAUUAAUAAGAAGCACUAAUAAUCAUGGGCACUAGCUGGCACGACAUAGAGGAGCCCCCUUAACCAUUUAGGAGGACGUCACUUUUUUUUCUCUCUGCAAUGACUGCCUUCCUGCAGUGUUGUACUCAGAACUGACUGACCAAAAUGGACACCUGACUUUGGCUUAUUCACAUUAUGACUGGCCACAAACUCUGGUCCUGAAGGCCCUUAGGGUUCUAGAUUAAGGACAGCACUACUUCAUUCUGGCUUCUUUUCUUCACAGUAUGUGAAUUAACCUUCAGUUUUGGAUAGAUGUGUGCUUUCAGGUAGGAAAAGACUUCUCAACUCAGUGUGUCAGAUUAUUGUACUUUCACUACACGAAAUGUCCUUGUUCUACUGCAAGGCAAUAGGCGUGUACUACAGGUAGGUUUACAGACAAAUGACUCAUUUUAAAAUACAGUGAUACUUAAAAACCCAUGCUGUCAUGCUGUUGUAUGCUGCAAGGUUAGUGAGACACCAGAGAGUCUCUUAGGAGCAGGUGAUCAGUUUAUUCGCUGUGUUGCUCGAGUGCUGGACUACGACUACUCCUGCAUUAAAUUUUUCUUUAACCACUAUGUGUAGUAGACAGAUUUUCAAGGGUGGCACAUGUGCAGUUUCACUGGUCUUAAUACACAACCUUAAAAGGAAGACCGUGUGUGCUUCCAGUUCAUGUUGUUUCAAGUUCUGCUGUGCCUGACUCUAGUGUGCUUUAGUAGUUAAUCAUUUUUGGGAGAUUUGCUUAUUUACUUUGGUACUGAGAUUGAUACCAAAUUCAUGUCUGUGCAGUGAAAAAAAAAAAAAAGGAAGAGAAAGAAGAAGCUGCAGCCAGCAUCCAGUAUCCAGUGUGUGUAGUUUAUCAAAAAGACUGGAAACGGGGGAACCAGCUAGCCAGCAAGUCUGUCCAUAGGUAACAAAAUCCACCUUACCAGCACCUAUAAAUGUGACUGCUCACCUGCAGAGACUCCAGGAAGCCAUUGUGCCAAGAGUCAAGAAACAGUCCAGCACAUAACCUUCUAUUAAACCACAUCCUUGUUUUUACUCUUUGGUUUCUGUACAGAUUAAACCAAACAAGGUGUUCUUUGUAAACUCCAGAGGUGUACUUUGUUCCCUUUGGACAGAAUCAGGCCAGCCGUUCUGUAUUCUCAGCCAACCUAACAUGUGGAGCUUUAUAUGAAGCACACAGUCAUGGAGGCAUAUUGAUCUUCUAACUCUCUGCAAGGAAAGCAAAUAAGUGUAUGUCCUCCUGGGAUCAGUGUGUGUAAUUAACCACUGCCUUUUCAAUCCAGCCUGGUUUCUCUAAGGUGGAGAUGGAAAUAGCUGAAACCUUACCUGAGCCACACAGUAUACACACAUAAGAAGUCCUGAAUAAGGGACAUUUUUGCAAUUCUAUGAGAAGCCAUUUGUUGGGGAAUUGCAACAAUCUUAAGCUGUCUGGCAAUUCCAGGGAAAAAGAAGAGCUUAAACUCAUGUGUGCACAUCUUUAACUAGUUUUUAUUUCUUGUGGGAGCCGCCACAGUGUGUUGUGUACAGGGCAGCAAGCCACUGCAGGGUAUACUGAAUAGAAUUUGUUUUAGGAGACCAUAAGCAGCAUGCGGUGAAACCAAAUCUCUGUGGUCUACACAUUACUGAGAAUACUGAAUAUAGAACUGAAAAUAGAGCACUUUUUUUUUUAAAUCAUCCCGAGAUCACGAAUGCACAAACGGCCUUGCCUGUGCAGCCUCAACGCUGUGACGCCGACAGUGUCGUGAUGAGAUCUGCUGUACAAAUGUUUUUUUUUUCCUGUUAUCCUAAGCACUUCCGAGGACAGAGCUGUGACCUUUUGGAAUGUUGAGGUACCUGAGGCUCGGGACAUCAUGCAUCAGUCUUUGGGAAACCUGCUGUGGGUUUGCACAAGUCAUCCAGAGACGAGGACUACUGACUCCGAGAAGGGAAAAAAGCACAUUUCCGGGCUGUUCAGGCCUAUUGGCUUAGAAAUGACCCCUCCUGCUGACUCUGGAAUAUGUUUGCUCGUUAUCCUAAUGCACCGUGCUGUGUUCAGACCCAUCAAUGUGUGAUACAGAAAUGCUCAGUGUAGAAAUAAAGACAAAAACUGUUAUGUUUUCACAUGAACAAAGAUCCAUUUAAUAAAAUCCAAUCCAAUGCAUACAUGCA